AUGAUUAAGCCGAUCACUAUCUGGUUGACUCCGCCGGGUCCAAACCCAUGGAAGGUAGUAGUAAUCCUCGAGGAACUUGGCAUUCCCUAUAUCAUCAACUCUUUCAAGUUCGACGACGUCAAGAAGCCGCCUUUCAUUAACAUUAACCCAAACGGACGAGUGCCUGCUAUCGAGGACCCCAAUACUAGCCUAAUCCUGUGGGAGUCUGGAGCUAUAAUCCAGUACCUGGAAGAGGUGUACGACAAGGAGAGGAAGCUGACUUAUGACUCGCUCAACGAGAAGUAUCUGCUUAACCAGUGGCUUCACUUCCAAACAAGUGGCCAAGGCCCUUACUUUGGACAGUGUGGAUGGUUUAACGUCCUCCAUCAGGAAAAGCUCCCCUCUGCUAUCGAGCGCUACACAAAAGAGGUUCAUCGCAUCCUCGGAGUUCUCAACAAUGCUCUUCAGGGCAAGAUCUGGCUAGUCGGUGACAAAUGCACCUUUGCUGACCUCGCAUUUCUACCUUGGAACGCCCGUCUUGAUGCCACGCUCCUCACCCCCCCAGGAGAAGAUACAUUGAAGCAGUAUCCUAACGUUCAAAUAUGGCACAACCGUAUGCUGGGUCGCGACUCGUGGAAGAAGGUAAUGACUACUAGAGACAAGCUCAUGGACGAGCAUGGCCUUCAGCCAAAUGGAAUGCCAAAAGGGAUCAAUAACAUGACUGAGUAUGAGGAAUUCAUGAAGAAUUAGGCGGCCGAGAAUGGUUGAUGCGGACUCGCUAGAACUUUGACGGAUUCCAUCCAUGGAGUGAUGUCUUGCACUCGGUUACCAACAAGCUGGGCUUACUAGUAAAACUAAGAGAAUGAAGUUUUCUGCAGUAUUAAGUGUAUGGGCUGUUCUUUGCAAUCCGAAGUUCUCAUAGCAGGUAGGAUACCUGUCUUUCGUCUGACAGAAGCCCAUUAUUAUGCGGUGCUUUCCUGUUUCAACUUGAGCACCUAAGUGAUCUUUCGUCACCGAUGACGGCCACAACCUGCAGAGAUACUGCGGCCUCUAGUAACGUUUGCAUCACGAACAUAUAUUGAACCAUUACCAAGACACAUGGAACGGUAACCUGGCGCUCCUGAUCUCGACCUUUUCGCCCAUUGCGGCCCUCCACACAGGAAUGUCGGGAGCUGUUGUGGGUGCUAAUUCUACUCCACUUCAGACGAAAGAGAGGGGAAUGAGAGUGGCGAAUGAGAGUGGCGAAUGAGAGUGGCGA